AUGGAUAGUUGUAGAUGUUUUGAUAUUAGUUUUAAUAUUAGUAAUACAAUGCUCUGUGAAUAUUGUGUCAAUAAAUUAAAUAUAUCUACAAAAAUUCAAUUAAUUCCCAAUAAUAGCUCAACCUAUCUUGACAAUAUACCGACCAAUACUGCUUCUCAUCUGAAAAACUAUGUAAACCUUAUGGAUGAUGAGGACAAUCGGAACACUCUUAUCAACAACGAAGAACAGACAAAAUUUAGAUACGAACCUGGUUACCGAGUUGAUGACACCGAUGAAAUGCAACAAUUCAUUAAAUACAAUGAAAAAGAGAUUCCGGAUUCAUUGUGGAGUAGAAUUACCUCGGUUAUAAUGCCUUCAUAUCAACUUGUUGAUACAAAAGCUAAAAAAUAA